GGAGACCCGGGUCCGAUGCCCGCAUCCCGCACGGGGGGAGCCCCGCCGGGGGUGGCCCAGAGCCGGAAACAAACAAGACGAAAGAGCCCCGGGGUCCAUAGUCCCCGGCCAGACGCGGCCGGACCCGGGGCCGGCACGGCGCCUGCGCGAGCGCCGCCGCCAGGGACGCGGACCGUGCCGGAAGUGACGCGAUCCGAGCCGGAAGUGACGCGCGUGCCGGAAGCGGCCCGGGGCGUCAUGGCCGAGGCGGCGGAGCGGCCCCCGGAGGAGACGCUGUCGCGCUGGGCGCGGGAGCAGGCCCGGCUGCGCGCGCGCGUGCUGCUCGCGGACACCGAGGCGUGGCAGCGGGCGCCCGGCUUCCCGGGGCUGCGGCGCGUCGGCGGCGUGGACGUGUCCUUCGCGGGGGACGGCGGCCAGCGCGCCUGCGCCUGCCUGGUGGUGCUCAGCUUCCCCGAGCUGGAGGUGCUGUUCGAGGACCAGAGCGAGGUCAGCCUGACGGCGCCCUACGUGCCCGGCUUCCUGGGCUUCCGCGAGGCGCCCCUCCUGGCCCAGGCGGUGCAGCGGCUGCGGACUCGGGCGCCCCACCUCGUGCCCCAGGUCCUCCUCGUGGACGGCAAUGGGGUGCUCCACCACCGAGGCUUCGGGGUGGCCUGCCACCUGGGCGUCCUCACUGACCUGCCCUGCGUCGGGGUGGCCAAGAAGCUCCUGCAGGUGGACGGGCUGGAGAACAAUGCUGAGCACAGGGAGAAGAUCAGACUCCUGCGGGCGCCUGGGGACUGCUUCCCCCUCUCCGGGGCCUCCGGGACGGUCCUGGGCAUGGCCCUGAGGACCCACGCGCGCAGCACCAAGCCCCUGUACGUGUCCGUGGGCCACCGGAUCAGCCUGGAGGCAGCCGUGCGCCUGACGCUCAGCUGCUGCAGGUUCAAGAACCCAGAGCCCGUGCGCCAGGAGCCCGCAGGCGCCGCCGCCACCGUCCUGUGCCCAGGGAGACGCGGAGGAGCCUGGGGGGUGAGAGCAGCCGCCCAGCAGCCUGCCACGCCCCUCCCCUGCUGCCGGAAUACAGCCUCACUGCUGGCUCCGUGGCUUGGCUCCUGUGUUCCCGCGGCCCCCACGGCCGCCUGCCCGCACCCCGCGCUCGGGAGGGCAGCGCCGCCUCGUCCCGGCCAGGCCUUGGCCCGCCCGCACUGACCGCGCCUGCAGGGACAGGUGUCCCCCCCCCCAUGGCAGCCCCUUGCUCGCCCAGUGCUUACAAGUGCUCGCAGGACUGCAGGAAGGACC